CUGAUAAAACGGCUAUUAAUAACUAAAAUAGGCAGGGCAGGCUACAGGCGUAAUUGUGUGAACGCGGCCAUCAGAGCGAGCAGUGCUCCUGCGCACGGCUUUUUAUAUUUGAGAAACUUUACGUCCACAAGCUUUAUCUGAACAAAAUGGGUAAAGGGAACAAGGAGAGGAAGACGGCAGUUGAAUCCGGCACCACCGUCGCAGGGGCCGCUUACGGUGGUGCUAAAGGUGCAAGCGCGGGUGCUACGUACGGGGCCUACCUCGGGUGCUGCGGGGGACCGCCGGGGGCCGCUACUGGGGCCGUGGUCGGCGGCAUCGGUGGCGCCAUAGUUGGCGGCGUCAGCGGUUACCUCGCUGGAAAAACCGCCAACGAAGUCAUCGAUAAAAUCGAAAACCUUUGAGGCGAUAAGAAUUGGGUGCUUAGCCAUGAUGACAAUCGUUGAUGGAAAACGCCAAUCGAAACUAUACUUAUGGCAAUAGUCACGUGACUUCUCGAAGCACCCCGAUAAUUUUUCUUCGUUUGGCGUUUGUCGACUUCGAUUGUCAUUUCGGCUAGCCCCCCAGACCCCUGUUUUACCACGCUGACAUUGACAAUCCACCGUACAGUCCUGCUCCAACAAGUAAAUAUUGACGCUAGGAAAUUGUCAAUGUUAGGUGUCAGUUGUCACCGUGGAGAAACAAACCAAUAAUUAUCUUGUUUAUCAACUUGUAUCUGCACUACACGGAAAUAAAUAUCCUUCAAAAUUUG